ACAGGAGUCGCUAGGAGGGUGUGCUAGCUGCUGCAUGCCGGGAGGGGGCGGUGCUGAUCCGGCUCUUCCUUUAAAUCAGCGCGUCAUUCAGCUGUUAGGGCCGAGCAGCGUGUGACUAUAGACCCGGAGGACGGCGGCGUGUACAGGUUAGGUUUUGAAAUGGCUGAAAACGGGGACAACGAACAAGUGCAAGACUUUGAUACAAAGAUCUCUGAGCAGGUUGAGUACUAUUUUGGGGACCAUAAUCUUCCAAGAGACAAGUUCUUGAAGGAACAAAUGUCCCUCGAUGACGGAUGGGUGCCCUUAGAGACCAUGAUUAAGUUUAACCGGUUGAGUAAAUUAACCACAGAUUUUGGCAAGAUCAUAGAGGCACUUAAAAAAUCCAAGACGGGACUGAUCCAGAUCGAUGAGGAGAAAAAUAAAAUUAGACGGUCGCCUGAGAAGCCCUUACCUGAAGUCACAGAAGAGUACAAGAAUGCUCUAAAAACCCGAUCAGUCUACAUUAAAGGAUUUCAGCCUGAUACAACCCUGGAUGAGAUAAAAGAAUGGCUUGAAGGCAAGGGUCCAAUUCAGAACAUUCAAAUGAGACGGACACUUCAGAAGACAUUUAAGGGUUCCAUAUUUCUUGUAUUUGAUACUGAAGAGGCUACAAAAAAGUUUUUGGAAAAUCGAGAUCUCAAAUUCAAAGAGGCUGACAUGAUCAUAUUGUCAAAGGCUGAAUACUUUGCCAAGAAAAAUGAAGAGAGGAAGGACAAUAAAUCUGCCAAAGCAAAGUCUAAAGAGGAUAAGGCAAAUGCUCAGAAGCAAGCAGAGGAAGCUGAAAUGAAAUCCUUAGAGGAACAGACCGGCUGCCUCCUAAAAUUCUCAGGUGAACUGGACAACAUGACUUCUAGAGAAGAUAUCCAUGCGUUAUUUCAGAGCCAUGGGGAAAUAAAGUGGAUUGAUUUUAGCAGAGGAGCGAAGGAGGGAAUUAUAUUGUUUAAAAGUAAUGCAAAAGAGGCACUGGAAAAGGCCAAAGCGGCAAAUGAUGACAGCUUACAGCUGAAGGAGAAGGAUGUGAACUGGGAACUUCUUGAGGGUGAUGUGGAGAAAGAUGCAUUAAAGAAAAUCAUGGAAGACCAACAAGAAUCUUACAAUAGGUGGAAAGGAAAAGGUGGGAAGAGAGGAAAAGGAAGGGGUGGAAGAAGCCAUGAUUCGUCCAGAAAGAGGAUACAGUUCCAGGGCAAAAAGAAGAAAUUUGACAGCAGUGAUGAAGAGGACAUGGAAGAAACCGAAAAGACUGUUUCUACAUCUGAUGGUAAAAAUGGGACGGACUCAUCGGGAAGUCCAAAGAAGAGGCAGCUGGAGGAAAAGUCCACAGAUGGACCAGAGCCAAAGCAGCAGAAAACUGAAGAUCCGUAAGCUGCUGCUGCGUUUUAGAUGCUCAUUUUUUCUUUUUUUUUU